ACGAACAAAUCCCCUGUCUUUGCGAACGCGAACCCAUGCGACCCCUUUGAGUAGAUAAUAAUAUAGUCAACAAGGGCAAGCAAACAGGUUAUAAAUUCGUUCAAUAUAAAUUAUGAUCUUGUCAUGGUUUUGUCACUUUUCUAGGCGGAAAUCAGAAACUCUGCUUUGCGCAGAUUUGCUCCAGCAAUCCUUCUAACAGUAUAAGAGGAUGGGAUCGACGCGGAAGCGGAGCGUGGAAAGCACCAAGGUAGACGGUCUCUUUUUGACCAAAAUAGUUCUUCACGCGUUCCUGCCCACGCGUAAGGAACCACCUAAGAACGUCUGCGUGGGAGGCUAAGCCAAAAUCGGUCUGAUUAUAUUUCCCCCGGGUAGACUACGAGUAGUCCCUCAUUUGUCCUCAGGGAUAUUAGAGCGAGCGAAACGCGAGCGCGCGUGAAAAUCACCCCACACGAGAAAAGGCGACACGGGGCGGGGAGAGAGAAAAAUUUUUCUCUCUCCCCACCGCGUCUCGCCUUUCUCGCGUGGGGCUAUUUCACGCGCGUUCGGGUUUCGCUCGCUCUACUAUCCCUGAGGAAAAAUGGGUAACUACUCGUAGUCUAUCCCCCGGGGCACUUUCUUAUUUACCCUGGUUGCCAGAGGCUUUUCAUGCGCAAAGGCCGAAGACGUGUCGGCCUGCGGCCGACGAAGCUCCUCGUCGCGCGAGUAAAAAACCUCUGGUACCCAGGUUAUCUCUUAUUUGGCCUGUAUAGAAAUGAGCCGCUGAAAAGGGUAUUAAUGGUGGUUUUCAGGGUCUUGAGUCUUAAACAAACAGGGUAUACAAUUUUAUUGUUGAGCGUCUUGAAUAGGGUGUCUUUUUGGAGCGUUAUCCUUUAAGAGCCGAAGUGUGGGGGCUAGUGAUGAGUUUUCUACAUUUGUGGUACCAAGUAACAUUUUUUCCCAUAUAAUAUACACACAAAAAUUUAUUAAAUCUGAGUGGCUGAUAGCCUGAAUUUCAGACGAUUACUUCGAGUCGUUUUUACUCCCCCAGUCACUUCUGAAUCGACCGCGGCAGUUACCUUCGAAUAUAAACAUUCGUAUGGGGAAAAACUAUUGUUUAGGAUUUAAGUAAAAUCGGCUUACCUCACUUACCCUGUGUGGUUUCUGAGCCGACCUAUGGCCAUUUAUGGGUUUUAUUGGAACUGGUUUGUUCUCUCUAUAAUCUAUGAUAUUAACUGUCUUGCUUUAAAAAACUGAACUGCGCCUUAAGCCAGGUGUAAUAUAUGAUUAUGGUUUGUACCGGCACUGUAAAUCAUCAUUUUUGAUGGUUAAAAAAACAAAAAGUGAAAAAGACAUUUUUUGGGAUGCAAAACUUUGACGCUCCCAUAAGAUUCUUUUAAACCUUACCAAGGUAAAGACAACGGAUUACACUGUUAGCACACUAAAUGAUAAUUUAACAGAUAAUGAUGGCUAGAUUUCGUGAAAUUUCCCAGUUUAAAGAUUUCAUGUCAUCGUUAUUAUGUUUCUAUUGAAACGGCGAAAAAAUACUCUAAAAUUCAGCUCAAUGUUAGACAUGUUGUUUCACUUUGUGGCUUUUUCGUACAUGAACUACACUAAGCCAAAGUUAGGGGGCAUAAAACACGAAGUGGUGAGAACUUAAACAAUGGGUGCGAGCCUAAUUAUGUUCUAUUGCAGAGAAGGUAGCCGUCACUAUGGCAUUGACAUCAUUUGUGAUGCUGGGUCCUCUGUCUAUUCACCUUUUCCUGCUCAAGUAAUUAGGAUAAGUAAACCCUAUGGAAAUGGCAAGCCACAUGACACCGGUAUCUACAUAAAGGGAACUGGAGCUUGGAUCGGUAAAUAUUUUUAAAUAAUGGCAAAAACACUGAGUGAAGUCCGACUCAGUCGUAAUCGUGCUCUUGUGAUUAGUUGCGAAAUCGUCCAGAAUUAGUAUAGGUAAUACCAUGAUUUGUAGUGAUAUUAGGCGUAAAUACCACGAGUCAUAUUUCGAAAUUGUUAUACGUAAUUUCGCGAGCCGUUAGGCGAGUGAAAUUUGAGACAAUUUUGAAAUAUCACGAGAGGUAUUUAUGCCAAAUAUCACGUACAAAUCAUGCUAUUAUUUGUUUAUACUAUUACCCGUAAAAGGUUUGUAAUUAUCACAUGUAGGUAUUUCAAAUUAAGUGAAAUACCACUGCUCUAAGCCAAUCAAAUUGCAGAAAUUUCUCAUGUAGUUGUAAAAUAAGCAGAAACCGUAGCUCCCGUUGAAUUGAAUGUUCGACUUAUAUGCUGAAUUGAAUUUUUGGACUUGCAGGUAAAUAAAGACAAAAACGAAAACGAAACCUCGAGCUCUCAUUCUUUAGCUCAGAGAACAAACCAGGCAACAGAUCAGGACUGAACAAAUGAAGGGCUACUCGUCUAAUUUUGAAUGCCACAUUUUCUUGCUAGUAAUUUUACAAGUAAUUACUUUUAAAUACCGAUUCCUAUCUAGGCUACAGGGUAAAGAUGUUUUACGUGUCAAAAGAGAUCCGCGAUGGUGCCUCUGUUUCCGCGGGGGGGCGGAUUGGCUCCAUGAUAAACAUGGCCGCUCAAUUCUCACCUGGUAUGACAAAUCACAUCCACGUGACGCUUUACAAAAAUGGACAAGAAGUGAAUCCAACCCCUUAUAAAUGCUAA